AUGGUCGUUAAGAAAGAUGGACAGGCUCUCGGCGACGAUCCACUCUCUCCUACAGGCGGAACGAGUACGGAAAUCAAGAAACCGAUGUUCACGCCAGCAGAGAUGCUGGCCCACCUGGGCACCCAUUUCACCAAGACCCUUACUCAUCUUCUGGCCUCGCCGCUCGCAAAACACGCGUCGGUAUCAGCAUAUCAUGAACGACAUCGUGGCCAACCCUCUGCUUCACAAGAACGUUCACGACAACAACAACCUGAACGGCGGCAGUACCCUGCGUUACGAGACCUUGUUGAUUCGGAAUGCGGUUGGGAUUUUGGUUCGGGAUGUAAUCGGUGUGCGGAUGCUCAGCGAACAAGGUCAGAUCGGAGCGAUACAAGAACUCUCCAAUUCGUAUCUAAAGCGCUGGCCGGCAAUGAUGCCGGGUCAAGUCGCGCCGUCGUCGACUAUACUCGUUGUUGCCCUGCGAGAUGUAGCGGGGUUGCUGCAGCAGUUAGGGAACGCCCCAUCGCCUGUUCAGGACGCUGUUUCCGAGCCACUGGUGACGCUCCUCACUCAUCCCAGCCACUCCGUUCGAGUCAACGCUUCCUGGGCACUGAGGUGCUUCUGCUACUCAACCCGCUCCGUUUACGACGAACCAUUCUCGGCGUCACCAACAUGCUUCAAAGAGACCUCACCUCCAUUCUGUCGCCGACGGCUCCUUUGGAUAUCAAUUUGCGAGCAUUAGGGCAUGCAUACAGACUUGCAGUGCUUGUAUCCAUCGUCAAAGAAAGGCCGCUUUACGUAUCGUACGAUAUUUCUGCUAAGAUACUCGAUAUAGCAACGCAGCUGCUGAAGCGAUCCGGCGACCAUGAUUUGAAGGUCGCUGGAGUCGAGGUCGAGGUCGCUUGGACCCUUAUAGCGUCCCUCAUGUCCCUUGGCCCCAACUUCGUACGACCUCACUUGCCGCAGCCGCUCUUCCUCUGGCGUAACACCCUUCACGACACCUCGUCUGGUGUCACUUGGUGA